AUGCGUGCAAGGACUGAUCCUGUUUUUUGUGAAUAUCUUAUGAGAAUUGGGAAUGGAAAAGAAAAAACAAAUAUUAACAAUAAAAUAGAAAUCCCAAAGCAGUCCAUCAUUCCUUUUACUACUGAAAAAGAGUCAUUAGAUCUUUUGUUCAAAGUGAUAUAUCCGAAUUUACAUACAUCUUUCAAUGACUCUUCUUUUAUGACAUCUCGUGUUAUCUUGACUACAAAGAACGACUUUGUUGAUGAACUAAAUGAUAGACUCAUAACUCAAUUUCCAACAGUUGCUAAAAUAUUCAUAGCUGCUGAUGAGACUAUUGAACCAAACGAUCAACCUCAAUUUGAGGACUUCUUACACACUCUAAAUGUUCCUAGCUUACCUCCGUACAGAUUAGUGUUAAAGCAAAACUGCCCUGUUAUAUUAUUGCGAAAUUUAAAUCCUUCUGAAGGCUUAUGUAACGGUACACGAUUGGUGUGCUGUGAUUUCAAAACACAUGUUAUAAGUUGUAAAAUUGCAAGUGGUGACUUCAAAGAUAAGCACGUAUUUAUUCCAAGAAUACCAUUACUAUCAUCAGAGGAUGAAAAAAUACCUAUUCCUUUUAAAAGAACACAGUUUCCUAUACGUCUAUGCUUUGCAAUGACUAUAAAUAAAGCACAAGGACAAACAUUAGAUUAUGUUGGUAUCUAUUUACGUGAACCAGUUUUUUCCCAUGGUCAAUUAUAUGUUGCUUUAUCAAGAGCGAAAAGUUCAAACUGUAUAAAAAUAUUGAUUCGACCUCCUACUGCAGAUAAUGAUGAUGACCACUCAACUUGUAAUGUAGUAUACAAUGAGAUCAUUCAAAAAGCUUUGUUAUGA